ACGGAAGAAACUUCCACAAAAUUGGAUUCAGGAUCAUCGGGUUGGUCAACCUUGUGUGUAUCACGAGCCAGUUGGCAAGCUGUGGUUCUUCCUACAAAUGUCGCUGGCAAAACAUUGAAAGAAAAGGAGAUCUUUCUGAGGCCUGAUAGUGCGCAGUCUGAAAUCGUGUCCAAUCGGUCUGCUCGAUCAGUCUCCACAUCUCCAAACUUCAACAGUAACUUUGCUGCUGCUCCUGCUGGCGCUCUUCCUGCCAACGUCUCUUCGCCCAUUUCGCCGAUGAGACAGAAUGCAAGUAUGGGAGGAGCAGAAUUACUAAAUCUCCUUCCUGGGCUCUAUGAACUUCAGAUUAUGUCGGUUUCUCUUGCUGGCAAUAGUUCUUGGACUCCCCCUAUGAUUUUUGAGGUCGCUGCUUCACCUAUGGCUCAGUUAACAAACACUUACAGAAGAUUGGCUCUGCCAGAUGAUGAAAUCCACGUCGUUUUCAUGGCCUUGACUCCUAUACCCUCGGGAUCUGCUGAUGAAUCCUCGACCGAUUGUGAAUCCGGCCUGGGAAUUCGACUAGUUGGUCAUAGAGACACUAAUUUACGUGGUGUUUUCAUCUGUAGUCUUCGCGAGGGUUCACUAGCUGAUCGUACCCCGGGUCUACAAGUUACUGAUGAAAUCGUGCAGGUGAAUAAUAUCUGUGUAAUGGGACUAACUCACGUCUCUGCGAAAUUGCUUAUCUCCAAGGAAACUGAAAUGGCACGAAGGAGUGGUGGAGCGAAUCCCAAAAUCCUCCUCGUGAUCCGUCACAAUGCUGCCUAUAAUCCGUCUGUAAUGGCUAAACCAGCGGCGGGUACGGCUCCUACUGGCUGUGGCCACUUCCUUCAUCAUUCUUCCCUUCGACCUUCAUCUCAAGAUGCGCCCUGUGCAGCCAGGAAUUCGUCUUUUCGAUUCUCUAAGCAAGCUGAAUAUGACUACUUUGAUGUUAAUCUUGAUAGGAACGUUCAAGGUGGACUUGGUCUCUUCCUUGUGAAUAUGAAUCCUCGAGGGGAUAUGGGUGUCUUUGUUCAAAACGUGCUCCCAACUAGUCCAGCUGGGAUGUCUGGUCAAGUCCGCAGUUGGGACCGAAUUGUGGCAAUUGACGGUGAACCUGUCGUAGAUUAUGAUAAAGCGCUAACAAAGCUCUCAGCCCGUCAUUCUAUGGUUAAUCUUCGAUUUGCUCGAGCAAAACCACCGAGUCAAAAACAGGGUUCAGAACUUCCCCUAGGUAUGAAUUUACCUCGUUCUUUCUCACCGCAUGUCCAUCCAACACCUAUUCUACUUGGUGUGGAAACCACAGUUGAAAUCAUUCGUUCAGCUGAAGAUCUCGGUUUUUCUAUUGUUGGAGGAUCUGAUUCUCAAAUGGUUGGUCAUCUACUUCUCCUCUUUUAA